CUGCCCGCCUUCGAACGAAUCGAUUUCACCGAAGCACUCAACCAACAACUGAUUUGGAGCUAGCCAUUGCAGAACACAAAACAAGUCAUGUUAAAUCCCUCGUAAUAAAACCCACUGAGUCCACAUUUACCCCUACUCAUCGUAUCGAAUCAGUCAACCCUGCGCGCGCAGCUUUUCCAACGUACGGCACUUACGAGGAGAUGCUCGAGGACGAUACGCAUGCGUCAAACAACAGACAGUUCCCAACAUACUCAAUGUGCCCUUAUCAAGGUCUCAGAAAACCUUUGGCAACAAACAUCCCCAAAAUAUCAAAAGUCCCAAAAUGCCGACGAAGGCUGCUCACUCACGGCGAUUGCACAGACGUGGUUAAGUAUUUUGGCGAAUACGGGAGCAUGAAAGCUGGGCAGUGCGAUACAAACAAUGCCAUUAAAAUAUGCACUGUAUCAAAAGACAAAAAUUAUAAAAGAGAGGAAAUCCAAGUUUCGUGUGAUGCUAGCCCUUGUAAAGACAAACGAAUAUCGCUUGGGCUGUUCAGUCACACAACUGGGAAAAUUGAAUGGCAGUUAGUUAGAGACAUAAAUCGUUUAAGUACGCUUCUCAAAAAUCAUAUAAUGUCCUCGGCAUUUGCACCUGGUUUUGCAUUAUUAAAAUGUGAAGGUGGACAAGGUAUUCAAGUUUUAACUUUCCCAAAAAUUUUGGAUCGCGUGGAAGCAGUACAGAAGCAUGAAAAAAGAAGACGUUUUAAUAUCAAUAUUGUACUUGAAGAUUCAUUAUCGCGUGCGCAUUUUUAUAGAACUCUUUUGAAAACUGCGUCGACGUUUAGGGAUAUUAUUUAUAACCAAUCAAUACCAUCAACUUUACUGGAAUUCGAGAAAGCCCAAAGUCAUGCGUCGAAUACAUAUCAUAGCCUACAGAGACUGUUUACAGCUCAAAAGUACUGGAACUCUAAGACAAAUUGUGGAUACGGGAUUAAGGAAUUUCUUGCGAAUGUUACAAAACAUACUUGUACAUAUGGCGUUGAGGAAAUAUUCAGUCGGUAUAAAAAGGCUGGAUAUAGUACCCUACUUCAAGAAGACCAUUGUUGGUUCGAUCACUGGGGUUCGUUCCUUGAUCCGCGCAAAGGAUUAGCUCGUGUUAAAAACGAAAAAUCACGGCUCAGUCGAUGGAAAGAUUUUGUUCAAAUUGUAAAAAAAUCCGGACGUGGACAAAAGGUUGAUGACUACG